UUUGCAACAAACAGUGUCGAUCAACCGCUAAGGGCUGCUUGUUAUUAUAAAGUCGACUUUACCUGCCGGUACUUCUCCAGACAAUAGUUGCGGCUUUUUGUAAGGAUAAAUCGUGCGAUGUCCGCUCGAAACAUGAAAUCGUGGAUUUGUAAACUGCCUUUAUUGGCUCUGUGUGUUUUGUUUAUAUACUGGAAGUUCCUGGAAUUCAUGUCAGCAGAGGACUGGCGCAGCAUAUACCAGAGAGCUUUUUUAGAGGAUGAAGACAGCUGGAUUGGAAACAACAUAGCUGAAGAGGAGGCAGUGCCAGCCUGCUCCAUGAGACAUACCAUAAAGAAGGACGACAGUCUGAGAAAAGAUUUUAACUUUUUAGUGCCUGUUCUGCAGUGGCGUGAUACUUUUACCCAGUCAGAGUGGCAAAAGCUCCAUAAUUUGGCAUCGCCUUAUGGUUGGAAGGAGCAGUCUUAUGAUGAGAUAGGCAAGACUCUUUCUUUGCUGUGGCAUCCCUCUAACAGUCGUCUGUUUACGCGGAACAUGACAGAUGAGUGUGUGCGUUGUGCCGUGGUGGGUAACGGGGGCAUUCUCAAAGGAUCAGGGCAGGGGAAAGCCAUAAACAGUCACCAUUAUGUUUUCAGGGUAAACGGGGCAAUAAUCAAGGGUUUUGAGGAUGAUGUUGGAACAAAGACAUCCUUCUAUGGCUUCACCAUCAACUCGCUCAAGAACUCCCUUGCAGCUUAUUACGAGGACGGCUUCAAUAUGGUGCCACGUAACCCGGACAUUCAAUAUAUUUUUAUCCCUGCGGGAACUCGAGACUAUGUGAUGCUGGCUGCUGCCAUUCAAGGUGUGCCUGUGCUCUCUGGAUUCGAUAAAGGUGACAGGCCCUCACAAUAUUUUGGAGAUUAUCCUCAAGUUAAUCAGUUCAAAAUGCUCCAUCCACGCUUCAUUAAAUAUGUGACUGAAAGGUUUCUGAAGUCCCCACUGCUGGAGGAAUACCCUGACCUGUACAUGCCCAGCACAGGCGCUCUCAUGCUGCUGACUGCUUUACACACUUGUGACCAGGUGUCUGCAUAUGGCUUCAUCACUGAGAAUUAUAACGAAUUCUCAGAUCAUUACUUUGAUAAGGAGAAAAAAGAUCUGGUUUUCUAUGCAAACCAUGACAUGCAGAUGGAAGGAUUACUGUGGAAGCUGCUGCACUCUCGUAAAGUCAUGUGGCUGUAUCAGAGACAAAACCAAAACCCUAGCCCUAAGAACUGAACUCGACUGGGAAACAAGAGACAAGGAAGUGAUGGCACUGAUUCUUAAGCACCGGAACAAAACAGGACUGCAUAGACAAAUGGAAAUAUUUUGGAUGCAUGGGUUGAACAUGUUCAGAGGUAUUCAACAAUGUUUUGGUGUAACACCCUGCAUCAUCUUGCCUCUUCACGAAAUGUGUUUUCACUGUACAAUGCUAUUGGAAAAAAAACCCACUAUAAACUAAACCAGCUGUCAGAUACAAACAACACAUCUAUAUUGCCGUGCAAAAUACAGGGUUUAUUAGUAAUAUUGAUAUCAAGCACUGAUGUUUUUAAACUGCCUGUCAGCUCUAUCUAGUGGAUAAAAUAUGAGUGUUGACAGCUGAUGGGGUUGACAAUAUUAACCAUAAUUUGCCUAUCACAAAAGUAUUUAAAGCAGGGUUAUCAUUGAUUUCUGUUGUUGCUAGCACCAAUGGGACGUUUUUUCCCCUACUUUUUAAAUGAUGAAGGUGAUGUAUCAUUGCAUUAAGCACAAUUAUCUAAGGCAAUGAUUCCCAAGCAUUUUUUCCAGGGGACUCCAGGGGCCUGUCUGCAUUGAUCUUGAUUCUUAACACCCUCUACAAUUCAACACUGCAAAAUGCUGCAAAUUCGCCACUGAUAAUUUUCACAUGCAAAUGAGCUUUGCGGUAAACUUGCGGCAAAUUGUCCAUUGUUGCCAAACGUUUGUCGGAGGUUCACCACUACCGGCGAAGAGCUGCAAACUUAUAGCAAACAUUUGUGGCUAAUAACAAGCUCAUUUGCACGUGAAUAUAAAAAUAAAAAUCUAUUAUAGAAGAGUAUAUCAAGAAAUAAAUACAUAUUCUCAUUUAUAUCAUACUCAUAUUUGUACUUAAGUUCAUGACGUUUUUACAGUACAUUGGUUUGUCAAUCAACCAAUCAUUGCAUAGCUGAUCAUUGUUUCGAGUAUCGAUACAUGUGCUCUUUCAGUAAACACAGGAAUGUGCAAUUGUCUCAGACGACUCAAUCCAGAUACACUAAUCAAAACCACUCGUGCAUUUGAAAAACAGAAUUAGCUAGAGAGGAAAUCACGAUUAUCUCGUAUCAUCUCGAAAAAUGGGCCCCUGAUCAGAAAUGUCAAAAGUCCUCUGAUAUGUUUUACCAGAAAUGCUUUAUUCCCUCCACCUUUAUUUGUGAAAGCAAAAUGCAGACAGUAGUCACACCAGUCUUUGUGAUUCAUCCAGACAAAUCUUACCAUGACUGUUAUUUAAUCCUUACUGUGCAGUGUGCACGUGUAUAUGGAUGGGCUGGCAUUAAAAACUCUCUUAAAUAAAAAAUGCUUUAAAUAAAAGCUAAUCCCAUCACAUAUCAGGCUAUCAUUAUACAAAUGGUGAAAGUAAACAUUUGUCUGUUCCAUUUUCUCCAGUUAGCUCACAAGCUAACUGGUCCGCCUAAUAGAUUAGCACCUGUGUGCUAGCUUCUUCUCCUCUCAAUUUUUAUCACAUUUCUCUUCACUGUCACCACCUAGUGAUAUGGUGGUAUGAUUGUAUCCAAUAGAACUUGUAAAUUAUGGUAUAUAUAUAUAUAUAUAUAUAUAUAUAUAUAUAUAUAUAUAUAUUAACUUUUAGGUGCAAGGGAUAGGUGCAAGCGAAGGGUUGCUGCAGGAUUCCAAAUAAACACAACAAACAUAGUGAACACAUAAACACAUAAACAUUCAGUUUAAUUUUUAAUAAUAUGAACAAGGGAGGAUUCAGUAUACCUAACAAUAGUGAAAGUUCAUUGUUUAGAGUGUAGACAAUAUAUUUUAACAUUUUGAAUAUAAGAUUAUUUGUAAUUUGUGAUUUAGUAUUUACUUCUCCCUCCACAUGACAUCAUAUCCUGUUCUGUUGUGUUGUCCAAAAAAAAAAAAAAAAAAAAAAAAAAAAAUGUGCAUGCUCAAAGCCUAGUGUGACUUAAGAAUGUGCAUGAAAAUUGCACUCAGUAAUUCGCUCACAUAACUCUUAAAAGAUGCUCAUUUGUCGCCACCUACUGGUUUAAAGAUGUAAUCUGCACGGAUUUUAAUGAAUGGAUUUAAAAGACUAGAAUCAUUGGGAUGAAUCAAAAACACCACCUCUAAUGGGUACUCAGUGCUUUAAAUGCUAUGUGACUGAUCACCCUGUAUUAUAUAUCUCCUUGCAGCAAAUGGGAAAACUUUGUCACGCCAUUAAGAGCCCUCCAGGCACUUCUGAAACAUCAACUGUAAUAUAAUGAAAUUUCGUCAAAAUGGUCAUCAAUUGAAAAACAUGCUUUUGUCUUUGCAAAUAUAUAUGGAAUAGUUCACCCAAAAAGUGAAAAUUCUGUCAUCAUUUACUCAUGUCACUCCAAACUGGUUUUAUUUUCUGUCUUCUGAGAACCACAAAACGAGAACUGAGAAUAGAUGGAGCUCCUUCAGUUUUCCAUACAGUGAAAGUGGAUGGUGAUUUCUAUUGUUAAACACUAUAUUAAACUAUUCUUUGCACCUUGACAUCACUGCCUCCUUGGAGUGUCAAAUGACCAAUCAUGGUGUGGCCUGUUUGGAAAAAACAACUGCAUAUGAGAUUCGAGAACUUACGGUGCAGGGCAAGAUUUUCAGUGAAUAAUGACUUAAAUUUGGUCUGUUCCUCACACAAAGCCAUUAAAUGGCUUCAGAAGACUUGGAUUAUGGUUGAAGGGUAGACUACUUUUUGAAUAUUUUUAUAUUGUGUUUGUCCGUUUUAGAGCAUGGCAGUGUAAAUCACCAUCCACUUUCCUUAAAUGGAAAACAGAAGCUUGGACACUUUUCCAAAGAUCUCCUUUGUGUUUCACAGAAUAAAGAAAAUACUAUGGGGUUGUAACAACAUGAGGGUGAGUAAAGGAUGAUAUGAUUUUUCAAUGACUUGCUCUCAAUCUCUUUGUCUUCAAAUCUUGUGAUCAAAUCUCUUUAAUUGAUGGUGCUUUAAUAUUUUCUCAAAAUAUCCGUUGCAUUUAAUUAUUGAUGUUCAUUACAAUAUCUCACUCAUCAAAGAUUUCUUCAAAGGAGAAUAAAGUCCUUUUUCUUUUCUUUUUUUCUUCUUUUUUUUUUUUUUUGCCUCAAGGUGUGAUUUUCGCCAUGUGUUUUAGUUUGUGAUCACAAUAAUAGUGGCAUUAACGGCUUUACUUAAACAUGCCGCAGGUGUGCAACAUGUGUUUGUGGGACAUCCGGAAGGUGAUAUCAACCCCUGAUGCUUUGAUCACUGCAUGCCCUUAUCUUUGGGCUUGCAGGUGAAGGGAUGCAGAACCACAGACCUCAUUCUGUAGUUUUCACCUGCUUGUCCACAGCACACAGUCUCAUUCAGACACUUGUCAGAGUCAUAUUCACUAUCCUGUUCCACAUGAGCACAUUUAAGGGGGAGCAGGAAACACUUUGAUCUGUGACUGCAAACAGAGUCUUCUAGAUCCUGAUGAUUGUGUGCAUAAGUUUAAGAAUAUUAAGAACCCAUGGAUGGUUUCGCUUCUUGGGAGACUUUCGUGAUAGCGCUUGAAACCUUUUUGUUGUGUGUGUCAAAUGCUCAGUACAUGGUUCAGUCAGUUACAAGUACUGCAGAACAACAUACGACAAAUGAAUGCACAUGUAUUUGGGGUUGAGCAGCAGACCCAAACCCACAGCAAAGAGAAAUCACAAAUGAUAUCUCUUUAAAGGGAUAGUUCACCCAAAAAUAGAAAUUCUCUCAUCAUUUACUCACCUUCAUGCCAUCCCAGAUGUGCAUGACUU